CUACAAUUCAUUCCGGAAAUUAAUUAAUCAUCGCUCUCCGUCACUUGGUUUUGUUUUUAUGGUCCUAGACUCGGGAGUGUGACUUACAGGAUGACACCAUUACAACUGAUUGCUUUCGGUGUGUUGUUUCUUCGGUCAGAUGCCCAGCCGUGGAAUUGUGCUGCGGCCGAACGAUGUGCUUUAUCAUUAGAACGAGAUUUUGAAGAAACAAUCGCAAAUAAAAACGAUUCUUUUACAAUAAACUUCUGUUUGAAGAAAACAAAGGAAUUCCGAACUGUGUGUUUAACAAAUGCCACCAUUUCGUGUAAAUGGGGCGGGAAUGAAGAUGAAUAUUAUAGGUUGCAAGACUUGCAGAGAAAGUUCCAACAGAAGUGUUCCGAACUAUGUCCAGUGACAAAGGAAAUUCAAGCGUGCUCCGGACUCGUGGACUACCCUGCAUACAUUAACAGGAAAUUUCAAGAUUUCUGCGACUCUUACAAGCGAAGUGUCAACUGUAAAGACCAGGCGUUGGCAGGGGACACAAAUUGUUCAUUUGGAGAAAAAUUGUACUUGCUGGAUUUUGACCAGAAUACGCUCCACGUGUUCAACUAUAUAUGUAACUCUGGAUGUGAGGACAUCGACACAGCUUGGGCCGUGUUGGAGCGGUGCACAUCCACCCAUAACCUGGACAAUGCCGCUCCCGGGUGCAAAACAUAUCAAGACUUGGAGCUGUGUUUGUCAACCAGUAAAUCCUGUCCUCAGAUUCAUAUGAUGGCACCUUAUUUCGCGAGGAAGUAUACGGAAUAUAUGAGCAUAUGCCCCCUACCCAUGCCUGUCAGAACAUCUACUACGACUCCCACACCUGUCCAGACAUCUACCGCUUCAUUGGAGCAGGAAACAACAUUGGAUUCAGAGCCAGACGAAUAUUUAACCGUAAAAGACCUGAUAACAACAGUCGUUUCGACAAUACAUUCCGCAAUAAUAAUGUCAUCCAGCACUAAGGAUAUCAGUACCGGACUUGAAUUUGGAGAAUGUCUGACCUCUGUAGCGCCGUUAGGGCUGCUGUAUGGUACAGUCAGUGAUUUGUGUGAUAGUGUACGGUGUCUGAAAAGAAAAGGCAUGGUUCCGGAUGAGAUAUCUUCAGUGAAUUUACAAAAAGAUCUGAAAGAAAACUUGAUAGCUGCUUGGGACUCCUGUGUGGAAGACGGUUAUAGAAGAAAAGAAACACCAACAGAAAACCCGAUCCUCAUUUCAAAAAUAGUAGAAAGUGGAAAUGCAACAUCCGAUAUGACGUCAUCUAUUCUUGUCAACAAAAAUAUCGACGAUGUGAAAGGUGUAAGCACUGCAAAUGGCGUAUAUUUGUCAUCAACUGUGACGUCUGCAUCCACAGCAACUGUACCAUCAGAUGAAAUCAGUAAUGCGAUGGGUAACACGAUUGUGUUUCCCACUAAAUCCCCAGCGACAGGUAACCCAGCAUUGGUCGGACGAAAAAGCACAGACGAGAUUAUUCUGGAAAUAUCUGAUGAAGAAAGUGAACUUCCCGUUGUCAGUUUCGACACACAACCCGAAUCUUCCACAUCUAAUGGUAAAACCGGUAGACUAACAACUAACCCUUUCCUACACGUAAAGACUUCUCUGAGGCCUAUCAAUCCUACUCUUGGAUAUGAAUCUACGACUCCUUCAUUAGAGAUACAAAGUCGGUCAAAGACCACGAUCACGACAUCUGGACCUGAACUUAGCCAGGGACUACACAACGGUUCUCCCAGUGUCAGUUCCUUGGACAUUGUUUUGUACGUGACAGCAUUGAUCAGCGUCUGGUAUGCUGUGUUAUAGGAUUUCAAAACAAGAAGACGAUGAUAAACUGUGAUAAUUGAUAAUUUACAUUUGGUGCCAAAUGAAUUCUUCCUUCGUGAAAUUUCACUUUGUUUAUUUAUUUUACAUCCAGAAAGCGGUACUUUAUACGAUGUACAUGAUACAUAUGUUGAUACGAUGUUUAUACAAGAUGGUACACGUAAUACCAUGUUCAUACAAUGAUAAAACGAUGUUCAUACUACAUAUGGUAAUACGAUAUUAUGUUCACAUUGUUGUCUGUUCAACAAAACCAUAUUGUGUCAUGACUAGAAAACUGACACGGUCAGCAAGGGCCCCGCUGAGGGUUAUUAGAGGAAAGUGACAUCUGUAUUUGAUAUAGCAAUGUUUGGGGCUGGUAUAUAUGUUCGAAUUAAUAAUAUAUAAAGAUACAUUGGAAUGCCAAUUUGUGAAAAAGAAAUCAUGAAGCAUAUUUUUGAGAGACUUAUGCAAUUUAAAUUACUUUUGUUUGACACACACUCAUCCACUCAAAUACAACAGAGUGCAACAAAAUCCCAUUGUAAUAGGGGAUUCAAAAUGGAUAACUGGUACAAAAUAUGGUACAUACUAUUCGAAAAGGAUUAUGAAUUUGAAAUAUUGAUGUCUUGGAAAAGGAAAUUCUGACAUCGGGACUCUAAGCGUUUUCAAACACAUUGCCAUUUGAUAAAAGUGUUCUACAUUUUUAAAAAUAGAGAUUAAUAUGUCUUUACAUGAACUUGUAAAUUUUAUUUUUCAUCUAUCUUUUGGAUAAUCACUCUUUUAUGAUUUAUGUAUAUGAACUUUGUAUUUUUUUAUGCCCUCUGGGCCCAAAAUUGGAAAUAAAUUACUUACUUACAUAGGUGAGAAA